AUGGAAUUCUCGGCGCUUGAUGUUGAAGAUAUCGAAGAUUAUGAGGGAGCGCGGUUGGCUGUCGUCCCGGACGACUCCAUCACGUCCCAGCUCCAGGAACUUGCCCCUUCGAACCCCGGAAGGACUCUUCUGCCUUCCCCCGUGGCCCGAGCCGUCAGCUUCGCAACCAGAUCGACUGGUCUUGCCCUCCGGGUGGGCACUCUCUUGACCGGCUAUGGCUUCGACGCUGCCAAGAUGACAACCUUGUCCAGCUUGGAAAUGGGUCGCUUUGUCCUCGAAGGAAUCCUCGGCAGGGCUGGCAGAGACGCAAUCGCUCGUUCUUCUUCGGAACAUGGGAGAAAGGAGGCUGAGAAUAUGUUGGAGAAAAGUUUGGAAAACCUACAUCGGACCAUGAGUCAGAUUCUCUUUUGGACAACCACAGGCUUCCAUGUGACUGGAACAACAAUCGCCAUGUUGUCCGAGACCUCACAGCUUCUUCUUUCCACCUUGGACCAGUUCUUCGGCUCGACUGACUCUUCUCGUGCCAUGGCCAGCAUCAUCACGCUUAUACGAAGGGAGUUCCAGAACCCAGCUACUGGCGCACAAGGCGAACAAGUGGGAGUUAUGGAUUUGAUGCUUGGACUUUGCGGUAUGGCCUAUUUGCAGAGAUGGUGUCGGCGAUCGCUUGAGGAGGAGACACGGGCGCAUCAGAUCGAAGAGGUCAUCUGGGAUGUUAUAGUUCUCAGUGAUGGUAUGCGGGUCGACGUCCACGAGGAAAGCGUUUAUGGUGUGCAUGACGGUGAGUUCACAGAGGAUCUGACUCCCACCAGCGGAAGCGAUGCACACGACAGCGAGGAAGACGCAGAAGAAAGGAUCAGGAACCAAAUAAUACGGUCUCUCGGCGACAAUGCCAAGGUUUCCAUCACCACCAAGAUAAACACCACAAAAACAAUCACCGUCGAUAUUCAAGGACCGAUACACGACAUACCGGUCUCCCCGCCACCUGGAGUGGAACUCAUUGAGGAGAGUAGGAACACCCGUCAAGUCUCCUCACAGACACAGGCUGCGGCGGACCACACCCCCCAUGCCUGCCGUGUUGUGUACCGGCUGAAUCGCAACCAGGAGAGAAGGUAUUCCAUCACCAAGGAGGAUGGGGAUAUCAGCCAAGUAACCGGAUACGUCGAGCAGUUGGACGACGAUACCGUGACUAUGUCGGAACGCUCAUUGCCGACAGUCGACGCCCUCCUUCCAGCACCGACCAGGUCGCUAGAGCACCUGCCAGAUUCUGCCACUCCUCGUCCUGGCUCUUCUGCGUCAGCUGCCUCCAGCUCUUCCAAGAGUCGCAUCCCGUCACUUCAAAUGCCAAAAAAGCGGAGUGAGAACGCAGCAAAUCAGAAGCGACCUCGAAUACCACCCACAGCCUCCUCGUCAACCAAGCGUCAGGAAACGACCAUAUCGCGAGCAUCUGGCAAUCGUUCCUUCUCGUCCAGAAGCAGAGAGGAUGCCGAGUCAAAGCGGAAACCAAUCGAGAAAAAGAGCGGGUUUCGAAAGUUCUUUAGUAGAGAUGUUUUCGUAUCGGAUACCCCAUCGCGUAAGAAGAAAGAAAGUCAAAGCUCGGGAAGUACAAGGUUGACCAAGCCUGAGACUUCACCAAAGUACAAGUCUGCUUUACCUAGCCCUGUCCGGGUUUUGGCUCCUCAUCGUCCUUCUUCUUCGCGCCCAGCUACCCGCCAGUCUUCCGCUUCAAUUCCUAGGAUAGAGGAACCCGGUGUCUCUCCGAAGAGCAGCUCAAGUAGCCUCGGGAGGAAGAACGGAGAGAGGUCUCAAUACAUGCGGCCCCCAUCGCGUGCGAGUUAUAUCUCUGUUCACGAGAGGCGCCGCGACUCAGUAUACUCACAAACCGAAUCAUAUUCUAUCUCGGCCGCCGACGAUUUUCGACACUCCAGGCCUCCUUCGCCGUGUGCAAUCGAGACUGACAACGAAGACGCCGGCUCUGUGGCUAACCCUCGAUCAUCCGACCCUGCCCUCUCCCACUCGUACGGUCUCCCAUCAUACCAAACCUUGAGACGGGUAAAGUCAAGAUACACACCAAGCAUCUAUACCCUGCCACACGAAUCGACAUCAUCUCUCAUUCCGUACAGAGAUCCUCAAAAAAGCGCAUUCAGCAACACGGAAGCGCUGCGAGGACUGCGCCAAGCUGGCAUGGUAGACGGCAUGUUCCCCAAACACCAUCUUCUGCGAAACAUUACGCGCUUCAUGCGUUUUGCCUCCGCCUCCUAUGGCUCCAACUUCCUCAAAAUGCUCGGCAUCGCCAAAGAAAUGCCGAUCCUGCGCGCCUUGGAUACCGAGACCCACCACGAAUUACGCUCCUUUGCACACCACACCGAAUCCGACGCCGGCAGCAUCCUUCUCUCCUCCUUCGUUGACCCGCAAGGCGGGUCGGACGGCACGGGCUCAACCAACACGGGUGUGCCCCUGGUGCACUACAUCUCGCUCGAUCAUGACUCCAAAGCGGUAGUACUCGCCUGUCGCGGCACGCUCGGCUUCGAAGACGUCCUGGCCGACAUGACAUGUGACUACGACGACCUCAUCUGGCGUGGCAAGGCUUACAAAGUACACAAGGGCAUUCACGCGAGCGCUAAGCGCUUGCUGUAUGGCGGCGAUGGCCGCGUCCUGUACACCCUGAAACAAGCCUUGGAAGAAUUCCCUGACUAUGGCCUCGUGCUCACCGGCCACUCCCUCGGCGGCGGCGUCACGGCCCUAUUGGGCGUCAUGCUUUCUGAACCCGCCCCGGGUUGCAAUUCCACAUCUUUCGUCACGUCAGCUGAUCCGCACACGCACGUCUUGGGCGACUUUUUGGUCGACGGGUUUGCAACUGCCCAGCCGCCUCGACACGUCUGCUUACCCUCCGGUAGACCGGUCCACGUGUACGCGUACGGUCCGCCUAGUACCAUGUCUGCGUCGCUGUGUAAGGCCACAAGAGGAUUGAUUACAAGCAUCGUCAAUGGAAAUGACAUGGUUCCGUAUCUGUCAUUAGGAGUGUUGCAUGAUUUCCAGGCGGUCGCGCUGGCGUUUAAGACGGAUAACAACGAGGCCAAGGUAGAGGUGCGUCAGCGGAUUUGGGAGGCUUUUCAGACGGGGAUUGCGGACAAGUGGUAUGCAGGGAAUCAGUCGUCGCAGUAUGAUCCUGGUGCCGCAGGUCAUGGCGGCGCAGGCGAUCCAUCAUCGCCAUCUUCUUCCUCUCCUCCAGGGAGCGGUGGCGAUAGAGGACCUGAGUUCUCGGAUGACGACCAAUGGGCUUACGCCGCUCUGAAAGUAUUAAGGGCAAGUAUGAUGAGCCAUAAGCUUCUUCCCCCGGGGGAGGUGUUUGUGGUGGAGAGUACUAGAGUCCUAAGAAGGGAUGCGUUCUUGUUGGAUGGACAGGAAGGGCAUUUGGGGAGGCCAGCGCAGAGAAUUGUACUCAAGUAUAUCAGGGAUGUGGAGCACAGGUUUAGGGAGGUCAGGUUUGGGACGAGCAUGUUGACGGAUCAUAGCCCCGGGAAGUAUGAGGAUGCGUUGAAUAAACUGAGGGCAGGGGUUAUGGAUGCUGCAUAA